AUGAAGAAAAAUUUUGUAAAACGGAAAAAUAGAAAAAUAGAAAAAUUUUCUGAUAAAAAUGAAUUAAGUAGUAGAAAAAAAGCGAAUUAUAAGAAGGAUGAUGACAUACCAAAACAUAAAAAAAAACUUAAGAAAAUUAUGAAAAAUAAAUUUAAUGGAGAUAUUUCUAAAGAAUCAAAAAACAAAAGCAACUCAAAAAUAAAAGAUGAUUACUUAAAUGAAAAAUGUAGGAAAAUUAUGAAUGAUGAAAACUUAUCUAAAUCAAAAAAGAAAAAAAUGAUAAAAGAACUCAAAAAAAAAAAAGUAAUAGAAAAUUAUGAUUAUUAUAAAAAGUUGAGGUUGUAUUUGAAUGAUUUAUUAAAAAGUAAAAAUAAAACAGAAAAAAAGAAUAAAGUAGAUAUCAUUUAUAGUGAAUUAAAAAAAGUUGAAUUAAUUAAAUUUUCUCGUACUAAUUUAGGUUAUCAUAUUAUCUCAUCUUUAAUUAUAAAUGGAGAAGAUGAAAUUCAAAACAAAUUAUGGGAUAUUUUUUAUAAACAUUUUAAUGAUAUUUGUACCUUUAAUUUUGUUUCCUUAAUAUUUCAAUGUUUUUAUAAGCACGGUAAUGAACAGAUAAAAAAUACUAUUUACAUAUGGUUAACAAAAAAUACUAAGACUUUUUUAACAAAAUUUGCAUCAAGACUAUGGCACGUUGUUUUUAAAAAAUUAAAAGCACCUAUGAGAAUAAAAAUAAUUAACUAUUUGAUAAUUCCAAAUAUUAAUGAAUUAAAAAAUAUUUCUUCUGAAGUUUUAAAAAAACCAACAAAAGAGAUGCUUUCAAUUUUUACUGAAGAAAAUAAAAAGGCAGUAAACAAAUAUUUAGUUGAAAUUAUUGAAAAUAUUGUAGAAAAAGAACUGUUGUAUAACAUCGUUUCACAUAAUAUUAUUUUAGUUGCAUGUGAGGUUUUAAGUGAUGAAGAAUUAACAAAUUUAAUGGAAAUAAUACAUGAGGGAUGUGAAUAUUUAAUAUCAACAAAUAUAGGUAAUAAAGCAUUAAUUCAUCUAUUAGGAUAUAGCACGAAUAAACAUAAAAAGAUUUUAAUAAAAAUAUUAAAAAAUGAUGUAAUAGAAUUAUGCAAAAACAGCGUAAACUUUUUAUUAAUAAUAAGAUUACUAAAAAUAACAGAUGAUACUAAAAUUUUGAAUAAUUUUAUUGUAAAGAAAAUUGUAAGUGAUUUUGAAAAUAUAUUUAAUGAUUAUUAUGGUUUUUAUGUUAUUUUAGAAUUUUUUUAUGAUAUAAAUGAAUACAAUGAAGAUAAAUAUUUUUUUGUUGAAUGGAAAGAUAUGAUAUAUUCUAAAGCUCUAAAAAGUGUAAAAAGUGGACAGAAAAGAAAAACUGAAAUUAUAAAACCAAUAAUUGAACAAUUACAAAUACUUUUUCAAAAUAAAAUAAAAUUAAACGAAUACUUAAAAAAUAAAAGAUAUAUAAUUAUUAUUUAUGAAUUUUUAUCUUAUACUGAAAAUGAGGAAGUUUUAAAAAAUUUAUUAGUUUUAGUAGAACAAAUAAUUAGUUCUUAUAAAAAUAAAGAUAAUAUAGAUGAAACUUAUAAUAUUAAAAAUUUAAAUGGUUUACUUUUGAAACUUUUUAGUUGUACUAGAAAUAAAAAUAUUUUAUGCAAAGUUAUAGAUGAUUGUAUGUUUUAUGAAAAGUUAUGUAACAUUUUUCUUUUGAAUAUAGAAAUUAUUUUAAGGACUGAAUUAAUCAAAAUUUUUAACAGUUUAAUAAUUUAUGUUAAAGAAAGAAAUAAGAAGAUCUAUGAAGAAAUUUUAUCAUAUACUGAAAAAGUUAAUAAUAAAGAUAUUUAUUAUGAGUUAAAAGGAAUAAUUCCUAAUUUAACCCAUUUUGAUAAAUAUCUAGAACUAACUAAUAUUGAUAUUAAUGGAUAUAAAAAAAAAAUAAAUUAA